ACGUCACGAAGAUAAAUGAAGCACAUUCGAAUCCGGAGUGACUGAAUGUUUACGAUGUGAAAUCUGUCUGAAUUUUUAUUUCCUCCUCUUCUUUUUAGUUUGAUGAUCAUAGAACAUAUUUUAGAUGUUCUCUUUCGUUUUAAGUAGUUGAAAAUCGGACAAUGUUUAAGUGUAUACCCCUAUUCAAAGCUUGCAACCGGCAAGUGGAGUACAUUGACAGAAGGCACUGCAGUUUGACCGAUGUCCCAGAUGAUGUGUUGAGGUACACGCGAAGUUUAGAGGAAUUACUAUUGGACGCCAAUCAGUUAAAGGAUUUACCAAAGGGGUUCUUUCGUCUUGUUCAGCUAAGAAAAUUGAGUCUAAGCGACAAUGAGAUCGCCAGAUUGCCGUCAGAGGUCGCGAACCUCGUUAACCUUAUGGAAAUGGACGUUAGCAGAAACGAUAUUGGGGAUAUUCCAGAAAACAUUAAAUUCUUGAAAAAUCUUCAAGUUUUUGACGUCAGCAGCAACCCCCUGACAAAACUGCCAGAAGGGUUCACUCAGCUGAGAAAUCUCACACAUUUGGGACUCAAUGAUAUCUCACUCAUGCGGCUUCCACCAGAUAUUGGAAGCCUGACGAAUCUGGUGUCGUUGGAGUUACGCGAGAACAUGAUUCAGUUCUUACCACAGUCCAUGUCCUUCCUGGUGAAACUGGAGAUACUGGACCUAGGCAGUAACAAUAUUAAGGAAUUGCCCGAAAUAAUAGGAAGUCUCCCUAGCCUGCAAGAACUUUGGUUAGACUGUAACGAAUUGCAAGACUUACCCCCUGAAAUAGGCAAUUUAAAGAAGCUGACACAAAUAGAUGUUUCUGAGAACCAACUUACCUUCAUCCCAGAAGAAAUCUGUGGACUCCAGAACCUAACAGAUCUGUGUCUCUCACAAAAUGACCUAGAAGACCUCCCUGAAGGAAUAGGGUCUCUGCAGAAACUCUCCAUAUUAAAGCUUGACCAGAACAAGCUGGGUAUCCUGACACCAGAGAUAGGAAACUGUGAGAGCUUAACAGAAUUGAUACUUACAGAAAAUUAUUUAGAAGAUUUGCCAUCAACAAUAGGAAGAUUGAGAAUUUUAUCCAACCUGAACGUAGACAGGAAUCAGUUGAAGGAGAUUCCUGUAGAGAUUGGACAUUGUUGCCGACUGAAUGUGCUGUCGCUGCGAGAUAACAGACUACUUAGGCUUCCACAGGAGCUAGGGAACCUGAAGGAACUCCAUGUACUGGAUGUGUCAGGCAAUAAGCUUGAGUACCUUCCAAUUACAAUCACCAAUCUGCAUUUGAAAGCGUUGUGGCUUUCUGAGAAUCAGGCUAAACCUAUGUUAAAGUUUCAGACAGAUUUCGAUGAGAGGACCGGGCAACACGUUCUGACUUGUUUUCUGUUGCCUCAGCAAGGCUUCCAUACAGAAAGUAUGGAAAACCUUCUGAAGGGCAGCAUAGCUACAGACCGAGACAGCCGCCUGAGCUACAAUGUUGAUAGAGAGAAUGUGUUAAAUGGCAGUACAACCACUGAUCAGGACAGCCACCUGAACUGUAAGUUAGACAGAGAUGUACCAGACUACAGCAUUGCGGAUUCGGAUGAACCCAUAAAACAAAGAGACAGUGUCAUCACGUGGAAUGUGCCAGCUGAGUCGGACAGUGAUGGAGAGGGAGAUGGGCACUGUUUUUUCUGUAUUCCAAAGAAAUUUCUGCGUCAGAACACUCCCCAUCCUGCUGACCUCAAGCGACGACAUCCUAAGUACGUAAAGGUCAAGGCUGGUAUCGAUGGUCAUAUAAUACCUCAUCAGGAGAAGAAACAGGAAGAUGGUAGUUUUGUCCCAAGAAGAGACCCCCAGUGGAAUCAAGAGAUUGAGAUUCCUCCCCCUGAAAAGGAGGCCAUGCCUCAACAUCCUGCCUCAAGAACUGUCCCGGAAAAGAAAACAGUCUCUCUUAUGGAGGAACCUGCCACAAUCAGAACUCCAGAACUUGAGGGUCCUCCAAGACAGGAGAACCAGCAACAGGAAGUCAGCUCGGAGGAGGAAUCCCCGUCAGAAACACAACCACUGUUCAAGGAGGUGUCCAUUGACCCUACCAUUGUCACGUAUACACCCUCUUCACCACGCGUCAAUGGGCACGAGGAGUCGGACGCCUCGGACUCAGAACGACCUCCGGUAGAGGAGAUUAUUGUCCACACAGAGAUGCCAGAUUCUGAUGAGGAAGAGGAAAGAAGACGUGUUGGUUUCGAUGGGACAGCUGACAGUGAUGAGAAGCAUACCCCCAGACUUCGUAGGAGGGACACACCUUUCUACAAGAGGGACAAACGAAUUGACAGGGAUAAGAGUGAAGAGGCAAAGGAGGAGGUGAUGAGAAUUCUAGCAGCCAAGAAGAAGCAGGAAGAGGAAAAUCCUGCUUCUGAGGAUGAGGAUGAUGAUGAUGAUGAUGAGGAUGAGGAGUUAGAAGUGCCAGAGGAGGAGUCCUAUGAAGGAACACGUGUUGGCCAGCUUGAACUGACCAUGGACUCCCAGCCAGACUAUGAAGAGGAGGAAAUCACCAUUAACAUAUCUCGUCAGCCAGGACAGGGGCUAGGUAUCAGCAUAGCAGGAGGGAAAGGCUCUACUCCGUUCAAAGGGAAUGAUGAGGGUGUAUUCAUAUCACGAGUUUCAGAAGACGGUCCAGCAGGAAAAGCAGGCGUCCUUGUUGGAGAUAAGCUUAUUUCGGUGAAUGGAGAUAAUUUAUUAGGAGCUGAUCACUAUGAUGCUGUUGAUGUACUAAAAACAGCAGGAAAUAACAUUGUCAUGGUGCUAGGAAGAGAGAAAAUCCCCAAAGACGACGAAGAAGAGGAGGAACCGGAGAAGGAGGAGACCAACAACACUGGUUUUGCUACUGUAACUUUUGAAUCAGAACCAGGCAUGGAGAUUUAUGGAGAGACGAUCACCACUACUUUGAAGAGAGACCAGACUGGCCUUGGCUUCAGUAUUGCAGGAGGAAGGGGUUCCGUUCCUUUCAAAGGAAAUGAUCAGCAUAUCUAUGAGUUCUUAGAGGCCAUUUACAUCUCUCGCGUUGUCGAAGGAGGAGCAGCCCAGAUUGACGGACAGCUGAAAGUAGGAGACCGUAUCAUUUCUAUCAAUAAUGUAGAUCUGCAAGACGCCCGGCAUGACCAGGCAGUGGCUCUGUUGACAGGAAUUGAUAAGGAUAUUAAACUUGUUGUGUACCGUGAAAAAGUGCUUUCCCAGGAGGAAGCUGAAAAGGAGCCCCCUAGUGGACAGAAACUGGAUAGCCUGACUCAGCCAUUGAUUACCUGGAAUGAAAAACUCCCCACUGCCAAACCAGCCGUUGUGGAAACAUCACCGGCUGGUAAUUCAGUGGAGAAGAGCCCUUCAGUUAGUCCAAGUCCGUUCAUGACUGCUGUUCCCUCAUCCUACACAUAUCCCACUCCAUCGUCGUUAGCUUCAUCUUUCUCUUCCCAGCAUUCUCCAAGCCCGGCCUCCCCACAGACAAGUCCGAGAAUAUCGUCAGAUUGGAAUGCACCCACAACAACUUCUGUGAGACCCCCAACGUUUGUGUAUCCAGGAUUUAAUAGGACCUCUACACCUAAUGUAUCCUCAAGUGCACAAAGAACUUCCUCCGAUAUCAAAAAGGAAACGUCCCAAUCUGCAUUUUCACAAAUGAAACUCCCUACAUCUCUCAUAACAAAACCUAGUAAUAUAAGCACAGAGACUACUCAGAACAGCCAAUCUGUGAUGGAUUCUUCUUCAAAAGACACUAAUACAGCCAAUUCAAUAGCUAAAGAUAGUUCUGUUGUAAAUCAUAUAGGUGAUGAAGAUAGUAGUGUAGAUUCUGUUUACCCCAUACAGGAGGUGACAAUUGUCAAGGCAGGUGGUCCAUUGGGACUGAGCAUAGUGGGGGGCAAUGAUCACUCGAGUCAUCCAUUUGGGAUGGAGGAACCAGGUGUAUUUGUGUCCAAAAUUGUUCCUGAUGGAGCAGCAUCCAAAACAAGUCUGAAAAUUGGAGAUCGUAUUUUGUCUGUCAAUAAUCGGGAUGUCACGAUUGCCACACAUCAAGAAACUGUGAUGAUGCUGAUAGCGCCAACCUAUGAAAUAAAUCUGAAGGUGCGGCAUGAUCCACCACCCACUGGCCUAGAGGAACUGAUUGUUGAAAAGGGUCCAGGAGAAAAGUUGGGAAUGAGCAUAAAAGGUGGAGUGAAAAGCUACGCUGCCAAUCCUAAGGAUAAGACAGAUGAAGGCAUAUUCAUCUCUCGCAUCAAUAAUGAUGGUGCAGUUGCAAGAGAUGGCAGGCUGCGGAUUGGACAAAGAAUCUUGGAAGUAAAUGGUACCAGCCUCAUAGGGGCCACACACCAGGAAGCGGUGCGUGCCCUCAGAAGUGUUAGUGAUCAGAUGGUCAUCAUGGUAUGUGAGGGCUAUGACCCUGCCCUUGACCUCCAAUCACCAGACUCCCCAAAUGCCCCCAUGCCACCCACCAGGGGGAGGGGUGAUUCCAUCUCAAGUAUCGACAGGGAUGGAGAUGAUCUCGUAAUUAUUCAAAAGGAACAGGAAGCUAAUGAAGAAACCAAACAGUGGGAGGAGGAAGAGGCAAAGCUUAGGAGGCAGCAAUUGCAUGAGAAGAUUCCAGAAACUAUGGAAAAUGAGCAUAUUGAUAAUACUGUCAAAGAGAAUUCCAUAGAAAAUCAAGUGCCUCCAGAAAAAAGUGUGAAAGUCGCACCAGUGCCACCUGUUAAGCCAGCUAUUCCACCAAAGCGGCCGCCUGUUCCACCCAAACCAUCUUACAUUGCUCGGCCAGAGAGUCUUGAGAACUUAGGUCCUCCCCCAAAACCCCCACUUCCAGCCAAACCUGAGGUGGUCACUCCCUUAAGUCCAGUGGACCCUAUUAAGCAAUCAAGAAUGCCUUCCGGUGGUAAGAAGAUUGACUCCCCAAAGCUGUCUAGAAUUCCUGUGGCCAAACCUGCUGUUCCUCCUAAGACAUCACAUAUAGCCAAUGCCACUCCUAAGAAUGAAACUGCGUUGUCUUUCAUUGACAAGAAGCACUUCUUUGAAAAAGAGAUCCAGGAACACACCGUGGACCCAGCAGACCAUUCAGGACAAAGCCGCUAUCAGAGUUCUUGCAUUGUAAGAACUGCCAAAGCCGAAAAACGGCUCCAGGAAAGACUGGUUAAAGAGGGGCUGCUGGAGAAACCAUUAAGCCCUGCCGAACAAAGGGAAAUGGAGGCCAAUAAACGGGCCGCCUGGCGACAAGCGAGAAUGAAGUCGUUAGAAGUGGAUGCAAUGAAAGCUCAGGCUGUGAUAGGAUUGGCUAAGGAAAUGCAGGAAAAGUCGAAAUUACCCACAGUUCCUGACGCAGGAACUACAGAUGAAGAAAAUUCAGUGAAACAUAGCGCAAAUGGAGAACAAGAGUCUCCACACAGUCCUUAUCAGAGCAAAAAACUAACUGUGCAAACUAAAGCGGGGGACACUAGGGUACAGGAACAGUCUCGGGUUCUGGAUGAGAAAUGUCACCAUAAAACUGUCGAGUUUGUGGACGAAAAUACAGGAAAAAUAUCUCUGAGAACAAUUCAAGUGAUUGAAAAAACUAUAGAACAUGAGGUGGAGGUCACUAAGGAAAACAUCAUAGAACUCGAGUUAGAGGAUGAGUCUAAUCAAGGGACGGGCUAGCAGUGAUGAAUGAAAAGUAGGACCGAAUUCAAUACCUUCAUGUUGCUCAGACACAAGGUGCACGAGAUGCCAAAUACAGAAUACGCCACUCUUACCACCCCCAUCAGGUCCAAGUACACCAAAGAGGGAAAUAAACACCCGGACUAGUCAACUUACCUGAUGGAGGGAGAUAAGCUAGCACAGGACAUUCCACCUUGUACUCCCUACACUGGCAGGACCCAAAAUCCUGUCAAAAACUAUUUUUGUGGAACACGUGUCUGAUAUGCUGCACUAAAUGUGUUUAGUUCCCUGGAUAUUUACAGCAAACAAGUGUUUACCUAAUCAUCCUCUUAACAACUAAUGAUAUUCUAUUUAUUUCUCCUUGUAAUGGAUAUAAUUGUAUGCUAACAUUUAGUUCUGAUGCCAACCCAUGUGGAACCAAGUUCAUUAUCCCCAGACUUAAGGACAAAAACCCUAUGGCCCCAUAGGUAGAUAUUUGAUUUUGUGUUGGAUUUGAAGUGUAUUGUUAUGUUGUACAAGCAAUGCAUUUUAUUGCUUUGUGGAUUUUUCCCCAUUCUUUGCACAUUGUGGCAUAACCUUAGAUUAUGAUAAAAAUUUGCACACAAUUACAGAUUAAAGAAUUUUGAUUCAGUUAUGAUCAGCAAGGUUUUAAUUUUCAAGAAUGAAAAUGUUUACAUGAUAAAGAAUGUGAUGUAAAAGUAUGUCCAGUACAUGCUAUUGGACAAGUUUUUUUUUAGUAAAGAGAAAUAUACUUUAUCUUGCUAUACCUCAUUUUAAACAUUGAAAGUGCCUGUAAAUAUAUAAGGUGUUUAUACCUGCCAGUGUAUGUCAGAUUUUAAGGUUCAGAAGUAAUUUUCAGUUGCAAAUUGAUGAAUGCGGAUGAUUUUUAAUGACUUUUAAAAAUGUUUUUAUAUUAAAUGUUUCUCUUUUGGAAAGACUCAUGCAAGUUUCAUUUCCAAAUCAUUGGUAUAUUUUAUUUCUAACACAAAAAAUGUCAAAUUUUUAGAACCAUCAAUUUUGCUUCUCCUCUUGAACUAGAGAAUCAAUAGUUUUGUUGCUUUGAUUCCAUUUUCAUUGAAAUGUGGAGAAUCCUGUUGGUUUAUGGAUGUUCUAAUGUAAGUUUGUUUUCUUCAGAUGGACUGUAGUCGAAAAGCUUGACCUAAUACUGCCACUGUAUUAAAUGUUACAAGUUACAGAACAGGCUAAACAUUCUCUGAAGUUUCAUAUUUCCUCUUUGGUCUAUGCAUAUUGUUCUCUCAUUCAACUUCUACUUCUAGUCUUCCUUUAAACAAAGUUAAUAGAAUCACAAGGAAAUCCAUGUCAACAUUCUCAUACCCAAGGUAAUCAGGUGUGGCUAUUUCAGUUAAGGUAGAUGAUCUGUCAUAGGUUUGCAUAGAAUGGUGCAUAUUAUACACAUGAAUAUGUAAUAAUCUAACCUGUUUACAUAGAUGGUGGAGAAAUUCAUUCUUGUGUAUGCAUACAUGUGUUUUACAUGGCCUUGUUAAUGGACACAGGUGCAAUGAGUAGCCAUAUAGUCUGAACAUAGGGGAAUGGGGAUUUAUUUACGUGUAUUUAAAUAUAUAGAAAGAAUUUAUCAGAAUGCAUGGACAAGAAUACAACUUUAACAAUAUUACAAGGAUACCAAGGUUAGGUGUGUCGAGACUUGGAUAUGCUUUUGGUGAUUUUAUUCUUGUCUUAUACAAUAUUUAAGCUGCUUACUAACAGAGGUGGUAGUACCCAAGGAAAAGGAAAUUGCAAUAGGACUGUGUAUGUUUCACAGUAAUUGUCGAACAAAUGCAAACAAACUUUAGUUGACCCAUGUUUAUAUCAGAAUUCCUGAUUUUAUCAGUAUUUGAAUGUGUCUCCCUAUGUAUUAUACUAAUGUUUUACAGACACAAUUUAUGUAUAUUGUACAAUCUGUCUGUAUUGUACAUUUCUGUAAAAUGCCGAUUUGUGUACAGUUGUAUAUGUACGAUUUAAUUUUAUAUUAUCUAAAUUUUAUUUAAUUUAUAUUUGACCCUGGUUUGUUUUAAAUACUGUAAAAUUUAAUAACUUUCAAGGGAUUUUUGUUUUUAAAAAAAGUCAAGAUGAUGGAAUUUUACUUUCAUUUGUGCUGAUUUUACUGACCAGUUUUAAUUAAUUUUUGUACUGAUUUUUAUGAACAAAUUUUUUAAAAACAAUAGUUGGGCAUUGUUUGAUCAUGUUAGAGAUAAUGAAAAGUGAUUUCACUACAAUGAUAAGAUAAAUUACUGACAAGAAAUCUGUACAGUUCCAGUAGUGAUUAAUGUUAACAUGUCCAUGUACGAUACUUAUAAAUAUUCAUGGUUAUAACUUUGUAUUAAAAUUGCUGAAGCUGGG